GUCACUAAAAAGUGUGGUUACGUAUAGAACCAAAAAAUAUUAAAAAUAUCCAAAAUAAAAUGUAAUUUAACAUUCAUAUAAACAAAUAUUCUCUCUGGACAAAAUGUUUAAGUUAACGCACCUAAUUCAAAAGAGUUGUAGCAGAAGUAAUGGACUGUUGCCAUUUAUAAGAUUUAAUUUUGCCUCCUCCUCAUCGCCUCAAUUAAAGAAAACGAAUUCAGAAAGUGAAGAUGUUACUGAAAAGACAGAAAAUCGUAAAAGGCUCGUUAGGGUACCUCAGCCGCAUAUGUCAAUGGUUGCAGCAGCAUUUGCAUCAUUAAAUUCUGAGGAAGUUAGUUCAUCAAUUAAAACACCAAAAACAGAUGGUAAACUCUCAAAAGCUACUACUAUUGAAGAAUUACUGUCUGUGUCAGAAGGUACAGGAGUAUCUAGACGGCAUGCUCUUAAAGUUGUUUCAAUACUAUCUGAAUGGUCAUCUACAGGUAAAGUAAAUAUAUCAGAGUUUGAAAAUGACCCAAGGUUCAUUAAAUUAUGCCACAUUCUAACAAAAUCAAAUGCAGCGCUAAAGAAUAUAAAGACAAAUUCACGCAGUGAAGAUUUGUCUACAGUUCUAAGUGUCACAGCUGAUGAUGAAGCUGCUAAAAUGGUUGGAAAUAUUACCCUUCCUCAGAUGGUGAAAGUAAUGUCAACAUUGUCACUAAAGAAAAGAAGGUCUACAUUGCUGUUACGAUCUUUAUCAUAUAAUAUAACUAGAAGUACUGAUCAAUUGAAUUUGAAACAAUGUAGUGAUUUAUUAUUUUCAAUGGCUACUCUAAAUUUCCUUGAUGAUAAUUUGUUGUCGAGAGUAGCAGGUGAUAUUACAGUUGAACUAGAGAAACAUAUUAAGAAGAGUUCAGUAGUAGGUUCUAUUUUGACAAGUAUAGGCCUUCUUAAGUAUAAAAAUCCAGCAUUGUUGGAUAUUCUUAGUGAAUGGAUACUUGGUAAUCAAUCAAUUUGUAGACCUCAAGAUGUCUUUAGUUUACUAAUGACGUUAGCUGUUGUGAACUACAAACCAAAUAAUUCAGAAAAUUUAUUUAAGGUUCUGUUACCACAAUUGACAUUGUCUGAAGCAGGCAAACCACUUGUUUGGUUAGAUAUUGUGUGGUCGUUAACUCUACUAAAUAAAGCCAACAGCAGUCACGUUUCCAGUGUUUUAGAUAAGUCAUUUUUAGAUCAGUUAGAAGAGCCAUUGAGCUUUUCCACAAAAUUGAAAUUAUUAAAUAUCGAUGGUGCUGCACAGUAUUUGUUAAAUAAUUAUGAUGGGCCAAGAUUAUCGUCAGAUUCAGAAGUAAAGAAACUGGAGGUGCCACAGGCAAAGGACAAAACAGAGAUGGUGACAUCCAUUCUGGAUACUUUAAAAAAUUUGAUUCAGUCAGAUCAACUUAUCCAAACAAGGGUAAAUACAGAAUAUGGAUUCUGCAUUGAUGCAGAAUGUGUAUUAGACAAGAAAUGCAGUCCUUUGCCCUUAGAACAAGCUAAAACAAAUAAAGAUGCUACGAGGUAAG